AUGGCGGCGACAGUGCCGCCAGCAAACGAUGAACCGGGCAAACUCGACCCACCCCUAGACACGGCCGACAGUGAUCUUGAUGCGGAGGGAGAGGAGGAAACCGACUUGUAUGAAAUGGAUCAACAACUGCAGAAUGCUGUUCACCGGGCGUAUACCGGCGAAACAGACGGAUAUGGCGUGGACGAUGGCGUGAAUGGGAACGGCACGCGCACCCGUGUCUUGAAUGGAGAAAACGGCGGCGGUGGCGACGGCGACGACACGGAGCCUGUUGGAGCGGUCAAGCUCCCUGAUGGAGAGGCGGCCUCGGACGAAGAAUAUGCGGAGUCUGAUGCGGGCAAUGCCGACCCGGCGUUCGAGGGGAACGACCGUGAUGCAUCAGAUGCUGAAUCAACGGACCACGAGUCGGAAGCUGAAGAUUGGGAGGCGGAGAGCAACGAUCGUGAGGAAGUUGAGGCUGAUAUCAGGAGUCGUGCAAACUGCUUAUUUUGUACACAAGAUGAAGAGCAUGACCCAAGUGAAGACUUCGAGGAAUGGCUCACCUGUCUUGUUUGCGGCGACCACUCCCAUCGACAAUGUGCUCGUGAACAAGAUGCGUUUGACGACUCUGAAGGGCCUUGGAGAUGCCUUAGCUGUGUCAGUAACAACCUUCAGCCCGACCCCGUAGAGAACAUCGCAGACACCAAGACCGGAGUUCCAUCACUUCCGAAAGAACUUUUACCUGCACACACUGGCACGCGUGACAAAGACUUCCAUACCAUAUUCGACACAGGCGUCAAUGACGAAAUGCUCAACAGUUCACGAUCACUUCGAAAGCGGAAGGCUUCCUCCAUUGAGGCCGAAGAGCAUGUACCCAUCCUCCGCAAGCGACUCCGAACCUCCUUCCACUCUGGGCUCCCGGAUUUAAGCGACGCCGCUCUCGAAGGUGGGGAGGCAAAUUCCCCUCGUGACGCUCUCUCACCUGCUCGCACACGCUCGAUACGCGUCCGACGCACUCGAACUGCUGACCGUGAGCACUGUCGUGUGGUGACACAGCAGCACGGGAAGCUAAUCAUUGGCUUCCGGCUCGAUGAAAACAAAAUGUCCGAUAUCACAGGUGCUCAGAUUCGUCCCCAGCGCAAAAAGAAGAAAGCGCCAAAGCCCCCUCCGGUCGCGCAAGAACCCCAGGCACAUUUCGUUGCUCUUCCUCCCGUGUCCUACAACUCCAUCACUCUCUUCGACCGCGAGACCGAUGACGCCAAGUCCAAACCAUAUGGAGGUAUUCUGUCCGAAACUGAACAAGACACUUCCAAGACACUUCCCACCCAAUUUGACCGUGAUCGCUUCGAGCAGGCCCGGCUGAAGGCUGAAGAAGAAUGGCAGCAGAAAGUCAGAGAAUCAGAACUCAGCGGCGAAGCUACCUCACACUCAUCACAAAAGGUCUCAGGGCCACCCUCGAAGAUCAAAUCCAUCAACUUCGGCGGCUACGAAAUCGAAACCUGGUAUGCGGCACCUUACCCGGAGGAAUACAGCCGCAACCGAGUUCUGUACAUCUGCGAGUUCUGUCUCAAGUAUAUGAAUUCGGAUUAUGUCGCUUGGCGCCACAAGCUCAAGUGCCCUGCGAAGCAUCCACCCGGAGACGAAAUCUACCGCGACAAAUCAAUUUCAAUCUUUGAGGUCGAUGGACGCAAGAAUCCGGUUUACUGUCAAAAUCUCUGUCUCCUCGCCAAACUUUUCCUCGGCUCUAAAACCCUUUACUACGAUGUCGAGCCCUUCCUCUUCUAUGUCAUGACCGAAUUCGACGACCUGGGCUGCCAUUUCGUCGGGUAUUUCAGCAAAGAGAAACGUCCAAGCUCAGCGAACAACGUCUCAUGCAUUCUCACUCUUCCCAUUCAUCAACGAAAGGGCUACGGCAACCUCCUUAUCGACUUCUCAUACCUCCUCACUCGCAUCGAAGGCAAAAACGGCUCACCCGAAAAGCCACUUUCUGACAUGGGUCUAGUGUCAUAUCGAAACUACUGGCGGCUGAUCCUAUCCUAUCAACUGCGUGAUCUGACUGGCGUCAUCAGUAUCGCUGAUCUUUCUGAUCGCACUGGAAUGACGGCAGAUGAUGUUGUCUCUGCCCUCGAGGGGCUUCGAGCUUUGGUUCGGGAUCCCAUCACCAAGACCUACGCCAUUCGUCUCGAUCACAAGUACUAUGACGAGGUAAUCAGUGGCUGGGAAAGCAAGGGCUAUGUUCAGCUCAACCCAGAUGCACUCCUUUGGACGCCAUACAUCAUGGGCCGCAGCAAUCAGACCCACUUCGAUCGUGCUCCUUUACACACUGUCGCACCUCGAGACGAUCCGGACGAUGAAGACGGGGAGCUAGGAGAAAAGGCGAGUUCGGAUGAGGGUGAUGCACUGUUGCCGAAUGGGAUGAGUACAGACACUUUCGCGGAUUCCGCCGGUCCACCUUCCACUGCAGCCUUCAAUCUGAAUGAUUCCCAACACUCUACGACAGGGAACUCUGAAUCCCCCGCUGUACCAAACCCUGCAGCAGGAAUACCCCCCUCUCGGUUCGAACUUUGGCCCCCUGUACCUGCCGCGGCACCCGCCAAGCGCAAGCCCGGUCGUCCAUCCGGCAGCUUCAAACUCAACAACACCUCAAUGACCCCGACUUCCACCCGCAACGGGGGCCGUGGGACCCCUCGACGGCCCUCCACCCUCGCCAUGCUCACACCCGGUGGUAGCGUUCGUCGUGGACGCAGCUCUAUCCUCACAGAAUCACCUGCAGCUGAGGCAACACCCACCCAAACCAAUGGAGUUGAAUCAAAUCAAGAUGAAGUUGUAGAGGAAGAGGCUGCGGUUGAUGAAAAUUCUGAAGAUGUCAACCCAGCUUUUGAUGAAACUCCGGCCAUAAACGGGAAAGAGCAAGAGCCAGCGAACGGCGACAUUGCUCCCGACGACCCAGUCCAGACCAACGGCGUCGAGGUUGCCGAGGAUGAGACGAGGUCUCCCAAGGCCAAGGGAUCACCCAAGACCCCCGAGAAAAAGAUCAAAGUGGCUUCGCGGUCCCCAGACACAGCCCUUUCCCGCCGAACUAACGACAACGCGAGAACUCCACGGUCGGUCAAUCGCAAGGCUUUAGUCGAAAAAGUUCAAGUCGUCAUCCCCGUCGAACCAGGCUCCACCUCCAAGUCCCCGAGCAACGGGGGCAAGAAAGCCCAUGUCGCCAAUGGUAUUGAUGCGGAUGCGGACGCCGACGCCGAUGCUGACGCCGACGCCGAAUUUGAUGCCGACUAUGAAGUGGACGGGGAUGUCGUGAUGCAGACAUGA